AAAUCACAGUCGUCGAGACUUGUGAACAUCGGAACGAACGCAAUAUUGCCGAUUUUGGAACCCACAACGAUGAACAAUAGGGCUAAAUGGACAGCCAGGGACUGGUAAUUAGGAUAACUAAACGGAAAUACCCGAAGCUUUCCGUACAAACUCUGUGGUUGACGGAGUUUAGCGGAAAAAAUAAUAAUGGUCGCCUUGUCAAAAAACAAUUAAGCCGAAUUAAAAAGGUCUCGUAAUGUAAAGCAAGUGAGUUGCAUUUUCAUACCAUAAUUAUGUAGCUUGUUAAUUCUCAAUGAUGCUCAUGCAUUUGACUUGUCAUCUGGGCUAUACUGUGUAAUAAUUGAAUUAAUUUUUAUAAAAAAAAUUCGUGGUCAUCACUUGAAACUAAGAGUCAAGAAUUCCAAAAGUAACGUAAGACUCAACACCUUUAGUCAAAGUUCAAUUCAUUACUGGAACAGUUUGGAAGAAUCAAGAAUAGCUGCCACAAGUGUUAAUCAAUUUAAAUCGUUGCUAAAUUCUGAGAAAUGGAACAUUAAGAAGUUUAACCCGUCUGUAAAUUAUCUAAGUUAAAUUAACAAUUAAAAUUUACUAAGGGCACUCUAGAGAAGUUUUAACAAAAUAGUACAUAUCAGAGAGAGAUUCUAAAGUAGAGACCAUUUAUCAGAGGGGCCACUACAGCAUAGCUAAAUUACGGCCCAACAGUCCAGGUAUCCAGGAAGUUGUUAGAAAAAGUAAGGGCCUUCAGUGAUGGGGAAAGACAAUGGCUGAGAGAAUUUCCAAGAAAAGUUCCGUUACAUUAAGGCCUAGAUCUUCAUCCAAAACAAGAAAGUCUACAAGAGUCAAAUCAAAUUCCUCCUCAAAUGCUAUCAUCUUUGCCGACCCUGCAAGGCAUCAUGGUAACUCCAUGUUCCCGAUAUUCUCAAAUAACUUAGUCUCAAAGAAGCCUUCAGUGUCUUCCAAAGGGCAUGGCAAUGCGGAAGCAAAUGUAAAGCAGUUGCUAACAGUCAGCCAGGCUACCAGAUCAAGGUUUAACAAACGAGAACAGUAUUCUCCCACCCCUGUAGAGCAAGUUCCUGUAAAGUCCGCAAUCAGAAAUCGACUGAAUGGCAUGCUGGAUGCAGUACGAGGCUCUAGAACGGAACGGGUCAAAGUGAACAGUCAGGAGGACAGAAACAGCCCUGUAGGUGACGAUGGUUCGAUCUUGAGUCCACAGACUACGAUCUUACCUGAAGAUGUAGAUGUGUUCCCCUUCCAGUCACUGCCAGUCGAUUGCAAACUGAAGAUAUUUUCAUACCUGUCCAGUCAUGGCAAGGGGCGGUGUGCACAGGUGUGCCAUGAAUGGUGGGAUCUCAUACGGACACCGAGCCUGUGGUCGCAUGUCUCCUUUAGCAGCUUCCCCUUCUGGUGCAUCACCACAGAGGAACAUAAUUGCCUUGGUAACUGCUACAUACGCUAUCGCGUGCGUGUUAAGCAGUUUUUAGCCUUUUUGAAGGAUCUGCGACCAAUACUACGAAGCCUUGAGUUUAAGUUUGACAUUGGCGAAGAGACAGAUGGAUUUCUGGUACCGCUGGAGAAUUUAAUUGAUAAAGCAAACACAAGGGAGCUAAAGUAUGCGAGUAUGAAUUGGAAAGAGACGCCGUCGAGGCCGUUUUGGACAGAGAAAAACGUGGCAUGUCAGGACGUUAUGUACAAGCAUCGACUACGGCAGAGAAAGUUUGUAUAUUUUUUUGAUCUCUUCACACAUCAAUGCCCCAAAGUUGAGACUCUGGUGAUGCCAUUUGAUUGGUCUGACUCGAGUGUGGACAGCUUGCUUCGGCUGAAAAACCUUCACAGCCUCGUGUUGGAGAAGUACUUUGUCUUUCAGAAACUUUGCCAAGAUCUCAUUGAUAAACUGUUGUUGGGGCUGUCAUGCCUGCGUCAGCUGAUGCUGGAGGUGUGGACUCCUAGCGGCCACGGCCUCGUGUUUUUCUCGUUAGUUUCCAAGUCGAUUGAGUAUCUUGACAUUUCCCAAAGCAGAGGUUUCUAUCUGAAUGCAGUUCAUUUUCCCAAGUUGAAGGUGUUCCGUGUAGCAAGGCACCCUUGGAAUGGACCCUUGGUUCUGGCUGAUAGGAUCAAUGUGCCAUGUAUUUAUGAUGUGCUGGCGGAAGGUGCUCCGAAUCUGGAGCGGCUAAACGAGCAUUAUCUGGAGCCGACGUGGCGGGAAUGCAAGUACAAGCAACUAGAGGAAGUGCUUAAGAGCGUGUGCUCGUGUCGUAGACACAAAUCUGGCUGGGCCAUGUAGUUAAAGAUGAGCAGGUCUUGAAUGGCUUCUAGACUUUUUUGGAGUUUUUCUUAUUACCUUUAAAUGUUCCUAAAACCUUCAAAGAGGUUAAAUUAUUUUCCUUGUGCUAAAUUUUAGUGAUGAAAGCCUGAAUGUGUUUACUAAAAAAGAAAAAGUAUUGCAAUUAACAUAUAGAUGAAGCCCACGUGGUGUAUGGUGAAUCACCCAGUAAUUUAAGGUUCUAUAAGAGUCACAGCAUUCAAAAAUGGGUCUUUAUGGCAUAUGCAUAAGGUAUAGCUACAGACCAGUCUGCGCUCUCACAGUCUGGUCAGGAUGUACCUUGGCUCCUGACAAGAUCACAAAACCUUGGGUCACUAUAGCAAACAGGAAAGCUCCUUAUCAGACUGCAUGAUUGCAUAGGCUGGGCUGGAGCUACGAUGGCCUCAUGUUGCAUACGACCCACUUUAGCAUGACCCUCUCAUUUAUAGUUUAAUCAUUGCUUGUAAAGUCUUGAAAUCCUUUUGGUGUUUUACCCGUUAUAACAUUUUGAAUUUUGUAAAGGCAAUAAGUUGAAUAUAAAAGCUACACAAAAUUAAUAAUUGUACUUCUAGUACUUGUUUGUGAAGAAACAAUGGCCCAGUCCAGAAAGGUAAUUUAGUACCUUAGACUAUACAUAGAGGAAUAUUGAUUAAAUACAUGCUACAAGCAAUAAAGUUUAUUCAUUUUUACAGUUUUGUGCUUUGGAUCACUCAUAGGCGUGUAAGUUUACAUGUAUAAAUAUGUGUCUUAUCUGAUGUUAGUUUACUUGAAGUUGUCUAAAAUGAAAACAAAACAAAUGAAAGCAAAAGCACAAAAACAAAGCAAAAAUGAAGCUUAUGGUAGAAGUAUUGGUUCCUAAUUGUUGAGCGAUGUCAUAACAUAUGCUGCUUCUUUUCUAAACAGAAAAUUGAUAUGGUAUUAUUUUUGUCAUAGUUUAUCAUGAUGAUACCAUUUGCAAAACAAUCAUUGAUUUUGUCUUGUUCAAUUUGAUAUGUGACAUAAUUAAAUGUUUAGGACACCCAAUUGUUGUGUGGUCACUUCCACGUGAUAAUGUCUGUAGUUGAUGUUUAUUUGUUAGAGUUGAUUUGCUUUUUUAUUGCAUAUUAAACAAGUUUGUGCAUUUGUUUGAAAUAGUUUUGCAUACUGUAGAAUGUUUUGUUAAAAUGCAAAGUAUCAUUUUACUUUCCUAAGGCAGGGGUGAAAAAUUCCACUUGACGGCUGGUGUUUGAAAAUGAAAGAUACUGUAUUGGAGCUUGAUUCACCUAAUGCAAGCCUGAAUGUGUUUUAUGGCUUUUUCCAUGCAUAUGAUCUUUAAAAAGGAUAUAAAAUGUUAACUUGACAGGGCCUUCGCUUCAACACUUGCAAAAAUUGCCAGCAAAUAAAAGUGCUCUUUACCUGCCUAUAGAUGAGUCUUUUAUUUAAGUAUCCAGAAGUAACCAUUGAGGCAAAAAUGUUUCUCAUUUUUCAAAAAUGCAAAAGAAUGCAACUGCUUAAGAAUGGUUGUUUACUUAUACAUGUACAUGAGUGCAUAGAGGCACUCACAAUCCAUCAUGAAGUUAAAGUACAACUAAAAUUUGUGAUUUUGUUCAAGACAUUUUUUUCUGCACUGUUUGUUACAAUAUAAAGGAUAAUUGGCUGAUAUACAUUUAAAAUUAAUAUUAAAAACACGAAGAAUAGAUAUGCAUGUAAUUGCAAAAGGUGAAAUUAGAUUUUUCACGAGUCCUUUAUGAUUUUACACCCCUGUAAGUAAGUUGAAUUUGUGACUUGUGUUCAUAAUUGCACUACAACUUGUUAUACAUACAUGUACUUAACCCUUUGCAUGCUGGGAAAUUUGUCGUCUGCUAAAAUGCUGUCUGCUGAAUUUCUAAAAUUAGCAUUUUUUAUAUUUUUUUCACUGAAUGCUAUCAGAAUAGCAAACAGUUUGGAUCCUGAUGAGACGCCAUGCUAUGUGGCGUCUCAUCUGGAUCCAAACUGUUUGCAAAGGCCUUCAAAAUUUGGUUCCAGUACUGAAAGAGUUAAAUGUCAUUUGACUCUCUGUUGGUAGUCCACUUUUGUUUCUAAUAAUUUUUUUCAUAUCACUGUUCUUAGCAUGCAUUAUUGUUUCUCAUCACUUAUUGUAGUAUACGUUUUAGAAUGCUUCAUUGUUACAGACUCAUAUUCAAUACUUGUGAUUUACUAAUAACUUAGCUUUGGUAUGAUAAAUCAUGUUGUUUUAUGUAUGAAAAAUUGUUUUAAAAUAAAUGCUUUUUAUACAUUGAUUUCCACCUAGCCAUUUCUGGAAUUUUAUUUUUAAUACGCUAUGUCCAAUUAUGUUAACUUUCUCACUAUUUUUAAAGCAAACAAUGAUUGAAAUUGUAAACAACAUGUUUGCUUAUUUGCAGUAAACUGUUAUAUUUAAUAGAUUGAUGUGGUAUUAACUAAACUAAUAAUAAUUAAAAGAAACACUGUAGUUGCAUAUAAGGCUCCAUAAUAAAAGGAACUGACACAAAAUAAAUAAUGUGUCUAUGCUUUAAUUGUGUGUAAUGAUUUAAUUUGUUUAAUCUGUAUUGUGCGAAAAUAGGUCUUAUGCCAUUAGUGGCCAAAUCAGCAAGCCUGCACAUUUGCACCGUCCAGUCAGGAGCUAAGUUGUCAACCAAAUUGGGCUGCUGCAGAGCCUGGUCUGGAGUUAGCAGACUGCAUAUGAGACCAAAUCAUGAAAUACUUAACCCUUUGCAUGCUGGGAAAUUUGUCGUCUGCUAAAAUGUCGUCUGCUGAAUUUCUAAAAUAAGCAUUUUCUUCGAUUUUUUUCAAAGAAUACUAUCAGAAUAGCAAACAGUUUGGAUCCUGAUGAGACGCCACGGUUUUGUGGCGUCUCAUCUGGAUCCAAACUGUUUGCAAAGUCCUUCAAAAUUCGGUUCCCGCACUGAAAGAGUUAAUAGCAGACAUUGUAUCUCUAGACCAGACUGCACAAUGAUCAGGCUUGAAGUUGUGUGGAGCUACGCUGGUUGUGUUUGACAUGAGACCCAUUUUGCAUGAUGUGGGUCACUUUGUGCUUCGACAUGGGGUAUAUGAGUUUUUUAAUAUAUCUAUAUCUAAUUGUUUUGUUUAAUGGUGAACUUAUGUUCAUAUAAUGUAAAUAUGUAUGGACUAUCAUGUGUUAUCAUUUUGUAGAAUGUCAGAUAUGAGUAGAUGGAAGAACAUGUAUCCUGUAUGUAUAUGGGCACAAUGUUUGUUUACCCUCCCUGCCUAUUAAUCAAGUGCUAUAAAGUAAAGUCCUUCCCAUUUAACAAAAGUGAAAAAUAAAUAGGCUAUCAUAUGAAAUAAUAGCUUAACCUUACCUUUCACUUGAAUUUUGUUUGAACCAUGCUUGGACCCAUUAAAAAAUAUCAUUCUAGAAUGGAAAAAAAAUUGCAUUUCAGUUUUUAUCAUUCAAUACACAUAUAAUGAUGGUUAAAAACCUUCCUUACUUAAGGAAUUUAAAUAAAAUCUCAGAAAUUACCAACAUUUUGCUGAAUGGUACUGUUCUUUUUGACUUAACAGGGUUUUUUUAUCUUCAACAUGAAUUUUUCCUCUAACUGUAGCCUCUGUUAUAUGUAAAUAUGAAUAGAACAGCUAAGUGAUACCCAAAAUUAUGACUGAACACCAGACUGCCGGCUGUCUGGCAGUGGCCUGGCUUUGUCUGCUGUGUUUGUACAUAGAAGUAAAUGGCAAUGUAGCUGUGAUAUGUUGUGAAUGUUGUAUGUUUUUUAAGUAAUUCACUGUGAUUUCAUCAUUUUCUUGAGCUGUUUGUAAUGAUAAGUGUUUUCUAGAUCAAGAAUGGUAGGAACUUUUUUAAUGAAGUAUUGUGCUAAAACAAAAAGUUACAUGAAAUUUGUUUGAUGGUAUCUACAUUUUAAAAGUGGACACUGAUACAAAUCGCAAUUGAUUGGUUAAUUUGCAAGUUAUUGUAAUUUUUUAAAUAUCUAUAUUGGAAUCAUAUUUUCUGCGUAUUUCCAUGCUGUCAUGCUUCAAGGCUUAAUCAUUUUAAUUAUGUCAAUCAUCAUAUGAGUCGCAUUCUGAGAAAACUGGGCAUAAUGCAUGUGCGUAAAGUGUCGUUCCAGAUUAGCCUGUGCAGUCCGCACAGGCUAAUCAGGAACAACACUUUGCGGACUGAACAGGCUAAUCUGGGACGACACUUUACGCACAUGCAUUAUGCCAGUUUUCUCAGAACACGACUCAUAUAUGUCUCAUCCUAUAGCAUGCUCUUCAUUAUGUGUUACUGCUGCCAUUUUCCAUAUGCUUGAUUUUAACCGAAUUCUUUUUCAAGCUGAAUUCAUAAGCAAAUAAACAUGUGAACUGAUCUCCUAAGUAAUUUAUCGUAAUACAUGUAAGAAAAGUGAAAACUGCAUUUUUGUACUGGUAAUUUAACUUGAAAUUCGGAUGAACAGUUUGUGAAAAUACUCUUCACAAUAAGUCUGUAAUGAACAUCAUAAGAGUAAAAAUAAUUCUGUAACAUAAUAAGUAUUCCCCAGGGAGACUGUGUUAUAGGGCAAACUUUAUACACAUAUAUUUUUAUUAACUGCUUUGUACAUAUAUAUAUUUUUUACAGACAUAGUAGAUAUAUAAUGUUUCUCUUUUGUACCAAACUUUGUCAUAACUAGAUUUUUUUUAACAUGACAAUGCUAUUCUUAUAAAAACGAAUGUCAUAAAAGUAUGACAAAUAAAUGUCAUCUAUUCAUUGGAAGACAGAAAAAACCCUAAUAGUUAAAUAAAGAUUUUUUUCAGCUAAUUAAUUUACAAUAAAACAAUCGUAUUUCAAUUUGUGUGUAAAUAUGUGUGUAACCAUGAUGGUUGUUGUUCAUUUUGAAUCAUAUAGAAUCUGUAAAAAUAAAAAAAAAUCACCUAAAAAACUUUUUGGAGAAAAAAGUAAAAAGCCUCAAAAUGUGCUUUUGUUUCUGAAUGUCUUAAUGAUCAUGUUAAAUUGUUUAGAGAAGACAUGCAUGUUCUUCUGUUUCACUUGUAACAUUUGCAGUCAUAGUUGUUUUAUCUUGUACUUGCACCUAAAAAAUGAUUGUUAUUUUGUGUUUACAUACUUAUGAUGUUUCAAGUUGUUAUACCUAAAGAUGCUGAAUCUGUAAAAUAUAAGCCUCAUUAAUGAAUGCAUACCAUCAAAAUAUAUACAUAUAAAACAUUUGAAGUCAUCUUAAAACAUGAGUGUUUGAUUGCGUAGUUAUCUGGCCUGUUACAAUGUCAGUUUGUUGACAUUUCUCUGGUUUGCAAAUCCAUGCCACAGUCUUUAGAGCUUAUUGUGUGUGGGCAUCUAAAUUGUGAAACAAUGCCAAAACAAUUUCUGAAACAAGAGAUAUUAUUUUAUGUUGGAAGAGGAUUAGAUUCAGCAUCUUUUUACCUAGGACGUGCUAAGAAUGCUGCUGAUUUUCAACAUGUUGAAAAGUGAGCACAUUUUAUUUUAAAAUAGGAAAGUGAGGACAAAAAAAACUUGUAUCUUUUAUAUACCAAUAGGAUAAAAUAUUGAAAAACUGUAGUUUGUUACUAAAUAAAUGUGCUUAAUUGGAAUUUUUGAUAUGAACAUUGUAUGUACAUUGUUUGUCUCAUAUUUGUAUCUUCAUCUUAGAAAUGAUUGUGGGAAAACAAGUUUGUAUUCAUGGUUACAACUCUUUUGAAUGAUUUUAAAUUGGGGUAUUCAACACACACAAACACAUUUGAUGUCAUUUUGUUUAUUUUAAUGACCAUGAUUGGCUGUUUAAGUGCUUUUUGUAGCCAUUUUAUUUUGUAUAUGUGGUUUCCAAUCAAUAACAAUACAUUGCAUUGACCAUCUAGCUACAAACCAGAUUACCGGCAGUUUGUAUUUAGGUAGCUUACUGACAGACCUUGCUUGGAACUGCACAUUUUGUUUUAAAUCAAUCAGUAAGACCUGGUUCUGUGGCCUUGCAAUGUUAUUUAUUUUAAUAUUCACUAGACUAAACCAAAAUAGUUGAAUCUCUCCAGGAAUUAUUUUUUUUGUAUACUUAUUGGCCUUUACUAAUCUGAUGUUGGUGAAUAGUUUUCAUCUGAUCUUAUCCAAACUUGACAAACAUAUUUAUGGACAAAGGAUUUUCAUCAGAUGAGAUCUGGUUAUUCUAUUUGGUGAAUGGUCUUUUUAACUUUAUUUCCUGUUUUUUGUGUUGAUGGUUUGGUUACUUUUAAUAUAAUGCACAAGCAAUGCACAGAAACAUUUUGUUUGUUUACCUUUUUUACCUUGUAGUACAGGUUUAUGUUUUCGCAUCCUUGUGUUUCCCAUGUAUAACUUUUAGUUUUGCAUUGUUGAAAUUCUUGUACUUGUUAGCUCACCUGAGCAUGAUGUGCUCAAGGUCAGCUUGUGUGAUCACACUAUGUCUGGUGUCAUGCGGUGUAAUCACACUAUGUCUGGUGUCAUGCAGUGUGAUCACACUAUGUCUGGUGUCAUGCGGUGUGAUCACACUAUGUCUGGUGUCAUGCGGUGUGAUCACACUUUGUCUGGUGUCAUGCGGUAAGGUCAGCUAGUGUGAUAACACUAUGUCUGGUGUCAUGCGGUAAGGUCAGCUAUUGUGCUCACACUAUGUCUGGUGUCAUGCGGUGUGUGUCGUAAACAUUAAGCUCUUUACAAACAUAUUUGACACAUUUUUCAUCCAAUUUUGAUAAAACAUGGUCAGAAUGUUAAUAUAGACAAUAUCCAUGCCGAGUUAAAUCUUGGUCAUGCAUGUCAAAAAUUAGGUCACCAGGUCAGAAUGUAGACUCUAGAAGCAACAAUUAUGACUGAAUAUUGAUGAAACUGUCAAAAUGUUUAUGUGAACAAUAUCUAGAAUGCGUUAACCCUUUGCAUGCUGGGAAAUUUGUCGUCUGCUAAAAUGUCGUCUGCUGAAUUUCUAAAAUUAGCAUUUUCUUCGAUUUUUUUCAAAGAAUACUAUUAGAAUAGCAAACAGUUUGGAUCCUGAUGAGACGCCACGUUCUGUGGCGUCUCAUCUGGAUCCAAAUUGUUUUAAAAGGCCUUCAAAAUUCAAUUCCAGCACUGGAAGAGUUAAAACGAGGGUCAUGUGCAUGAAAAAACAAAAUCACCAGGUAACAUUUUAGAACAACUUUGUUACCACUAUAGAGGCCAUAUUUAUGACUCGGUCAUGGUGAAACUUGGUCAUAGUGUUUAUCUUGACAGUAUGAAGGCCAAGUCUCAACCUGGGUCAAGGGGAGUGAAGAACUAGGUCACCAGGUCCUGUCGUCAACCAUUGGUGUUGGUGAACUCAGAUCAGCGCUUAAGAGCAAUCAUAGCAUUCUUGUUUUUAUAAAUCAUUUAAAAAAAAAAAAAGUUAAAAAAUUGAUAAAAAUCGUAAUUUUGAAAGAAAAGGAAUCUUUAAUAUUUUAAAUGUUUAGGUACAUGUAAGUUUAUGUCUGAACAUUUUGCUUUAUUGAUUUUAUUAUACAUUUUCUGUAAUUGUGUAUGAUUUCUUUGUAUCUUAAAGUACCAGAUUGGAUUUGGCAGUGGAUCAAUACUAUUUAGAUUUUCAGUUAUUUUUUAAAAUAUAAAAAUGUAUUAGUGAAAUAGAAAUGUCCAAUGGAGUUAUCUUUCAAUAAGUUAUAUCACAAAGUGACCUAGGCCUUUUAUGUUUUACUGUUUUGUUAUGAAUAAAUACAAUCAAUCAUAA